AUGGUGACAACGCGUCGCGGCGCCGAGACAUGGCCAGAGGCAGCGCCUCCGAGUCCCACGCGCGCCAGCGCAGCCUCCACGCGGCUACGAUCAUCACCAUACCUGCCCACGCCUCUCGAGCAGAUUGGCCUGGCCAUCUUCCCGGCGACGCUUGUCUUUGGCACCAUCUUCUCGGUCUUGUCACCGCAGACGCGCGCCGCGCCGUACGACCCCAUCACGCAGUCCCAUGCGCAGGACCCAACCAUGGCGCCUAGCUACUUUGCGCGCAAGUCGAAUCUCUUCAACGUCGUCUUUGUCAAGCAGGGGUGGGGCUGGAUGAGCCUGGCCUUCCUCCUCUUUGUCCUGCUGCACCCGUCGCUGAGCACGCAGGCGCGCAAGCUCCAGGCGGGCGUGCGCUGGGGUCUGGUCACGGCGUGCUGGUUCUUCGUCACCCAGUGGUUCUUUGGUGCGCCCAUCAUCGACCGCGGUUUCAGGUGGACCGGUGGUCGAUGCGAGCUCGCGGAGAUGGAGGUGGCCAUGGGCGACACGAGCGUGGGCGAAAUGGUCACGGCGGUGGCUUGCAAGGCGGCUGGAGGCAAGUGGAAGGGCGGGCAUGAUAUCUCGGGACACGUCUUCCUGCUUGUCUUGAGCACGGUGUUCUUGGUGGAGGAGGUUGGAUGGGCUGUCCUCAGGUGGGCCAACUGGAGAGAGGAUGAGAGGGCUGUCGUCAUGGCCGAUGGCGCGACGAAGAGCGUCAACGUCGAGGCUGGGGUUGCCGCCGGCGCGGGGCGAGCGCAGAACUGGGUUGGCCUUUCUGGCAAGAUCACGGGUGUCGUGGCUGGCUUGAAUCUUUGGAUGCUGCUCAUGACUGCUAUAUACUUCCACACCUGGUUCGAGAAGCUCACGGGUCUCUUGACAGCGACUAUUGGCUUCUACGCUGUGUACAUUGUGCCUCGGUUCAUUCCCUCGGUCAGAGAGUCGGGAGAAAUACAAGACCAUCCCUUAUCCAUACCGUCACAUCUCGACCUGGGCAGCGCUCUCGCAAUGUCCCGCAUCAAAGCGCCAGGCGACUUGCCCGACCUUGUGAAGAAGGCGUUCAGUGUCGCGCGUGCCAACGGGGAUAUUCACUACUUCCCAACGCAGUUCCAAUUGCGAUUCUCGCCUGCCUUGGCCAACAAACCCAAAGGCCCGCCUCCUGACCCAGCCGCCAAGUCGCACAAGCCCUUUGACCCCUUUGACAAUCCGCCGCCAGCUCUGCGCGUCGCAGACAUUGGCCCCUCACACUUUGUCGUGCUGAACAAGUUUGCCGUCGUGCCAGAGCAUUUCAUCCUCGCGACCACGGCAUUCAAGCUGCAGACGCACUCGCUCGAGCCAUCAGACCUCGAGGCCACGCUGAGCUGCAUCAGGGCAUACGAGGGCCACGAGGAUGGCUUGUUCGCCUUCUUCAACUCUGGUGAUCAUUCUGGCGCGAGUCAGCCGCACCGCCACAUACAAUUGCUGCCCAUUGCGCGGAUGAAGGAUGGUCUGGACAAGACCAGUUCAUGGGACGUCUUGACGGACCGGCUGAGCGAGCGGCAGACUCCCUUUACGGCAUUCACAGAGAGGAUCCACCUCGAGAUGCAAGGUGGCGAUCUCCACGAGGCGUACCUCAGACUCUACAGGCAGGCUGUGGACGCCUGGGCGUCCUUCACGGGGAAUCGAGUGCAGCACGUGGCCUCCGAGGGCGAGUCGAUGAUGAGCUACAAUAUGGCCAUGACGAAGACGACGCUGGCUCUCGUGCCGCGGGUAGCGGAAGGCGUCAAGAUCACCUCGGAAGACGGCCACGUACUCGGCCACCUGGCCCUCAACGGCACCCUACUUGCGGGCACGGCACUGGUCAAGAGCGAACUGGAGUGGGAGGCUCUACGGAAGGACGUGGCAGGUCUAGUCAACGCGCUCCGAGGGAUCGGGCUGCCUCGUAGUGAUUCUAUUGAUGCAGAAGAAGAAGAAGAAGAAAAGAAGACGAAAAUCUGA